GGUCACUGUGUUUAUUCAGUUUAUUCAGCCAUGAAAACAAAGAGUUUGUUGAUUCACUUUAUUUAGGCAUUAAAAAGCCCCAUUCAAUGAUGAUCUUUAUCUGCUUAUUAAACAGUUUUCCUCAUAUCAGAACUACACACCGCACAUUUAAUAAGUGUGAAUGAGAGACCACGCAGCUGUGUGCCUGCUCCCAGCGGCGGCUCGAGGAACUGCAGCCAGUGGGAGGAGGAGGAGGAGGAGGAGAGAGGAAGUUCUCCAAAACUUUUUUUUUUUCCUUGAAAGGAUUGUGGAGCUGCCCCGUUAGAUUUUCAGAGGAAGGGGACCCGACCAGAAGAUUAAAGAAGACGUAAGAGGAGAAAAACGGUGACAAAUAUUGACAUCCCUCCUUCUUGUUUGUGUCUCCUCGCAUGAGAGGGGGAGCGGGACGCGUUGUGUUCGCCUUUUGUCCCGUGUAUCCAGUUCCUUCUUCCCACACUGAGAGGACUUACACCAUCAGAGGCGAUGAGAUGUGAGUGAGCUAUGCCUUGUGGAAAUGGACAGACUUUAUCCAAGCGAAAACAUGGCGUCUGCGUCCCGAGGCUUAGCUUCUUUUCCAGUCUGCUCGUGGCGCUCUGCUGCCUGGAGGCGUGGGGCUCCGGGCCGCAGGGGGACGGCGGCAGGACGUGCAGCCCGUGUCCCGUUAACUGCAGCUGCGCGCCGGCCGUGCUCCAGCCGUCCUGCGUCGUCAACUGCUCCAACAUCGGGCUGGAGAGGGCCCCAGCUGCGGCCGACAUCCCUCCGGCCACCAGCGUGCUAGAUCUUUCCAAGAACCACAUCUCCUCCCUUGAUACCAGCCUGCUUGAUCGUCUCACUGGCCUCCGAGAGCUGUAUCUUCAAGGGAACAGGAUCAAUGUUUUCCCCAGAGGAGUAUUCUGCAGUGGACCACUGUCAAUCCUCGAUUUGAGCAACAACCAAAUCACCACCGUAGAAGAAACGAUAUGCGACAACCUAUUCAAUUUAACUCAAAUUGACCUCAGCGGGAACCCCUUUGAGUGUGACUGUAAGCUGUUCCGGCUGGUCACCUGGCUCCAGGAGAAAGGUGUGCGAGUUCGACGCCCGGAUGCCAUGCUCUGUGACCACCCUCCUGAGCUCCGCCACCAUCCCCUGCUCAACAUCAGCCUGCUCACCUGUGGUCUGAACUAUGCGGCUUGUCUUGAGGACAGCAGCAGUGGAGGAGGGGGACGGAGUGAGCUUGUUAUUUUCUCUUCCUCCACGCCCGGAAACUUCACCCGUGAACAGUGUAACAGUGUGUGUUUUGCUGCGUCGCACCGCUAUGGGGGCCUGGGGAAGAGGCACGAAUGUCUCUGCAGCACACUGGCAGAGCCGAACUUCAUCAGCGAAUCUCAGUGUUCCGCGGCCUGUACAAACCCCCAGGUUAUGGAGAAAUGCGGGUGGACUCAGACUCAGUAUGUGUUUGCGGUGGACUUCUCUGUCUCACUGAAGCCUCUGCCACUGCAAAGUGUUCAUGACAGCAUCAGUUUCUCCGCCGCCUCCUCUGUCACUCCGGUGACACUAUCCUGGGAAUUUGGUGACCAGUCGUCCCGGGUCAACACUACAGGAACAGGCGUCACCACGGCAACUCACAAAUAUGGACUUCCAGGACAUUAUUUUGUCAAUUUGAUGGCCUGGGCUGGACAUAAAGACGUUCAGGUCUCUGCACGCGGAGAAGUGACAGUGACACUUCCUCCCAAACUGGAGCUGCGCUGUCCAUCUCUUGCUGUGGCCAAUAAGAGCCUAGAGCUGACGCUUGUCAGCUGGGGUGCUGUUGGUGUGGAUGUAGACUGGAAGAUUAUAAAGGAUGGGGAUGGAGUCCAAGUCGCUGAAGCCUCUCCUGACUGUCCAACGGAUGGGGUGCGCCACGCCUCACGCUGUUUCCACAUCAUUCCAGGGGAGUUGAGCUGGACAGAUGCUCGAGAUCAGUGUUCAGACCGCGGUGGGGCUCUGGCAAUAGUCAGGAGUGACGUGCUGCGAAACCGGCUGGCACACAAAGUCACACAGGAGCGAGGUGUGUGGCUGGGCUUGAGCGAUGUCGGCAGCCCAGGCAAGCUGCGCUGGGUGAACGGCUCGGAGGCACAGGGGGGUGAGGAGGGAUUGCCGCCACGGUUCCCCCCGAUCUCCCCCGGAAACGUGUGCGUGUCACUCGAUCAGCGCGGCCAGACCAGUUCACACCCAUGCAAUGCCAAGAGGGCGUACGUCUGCCAGUACAGCCCCCAAGUGCGUGUUCCAGAUGCAGGGAUCUACAUGGUGGGCCUGGCUGUGUUCCCUUCACUUAAUCACUUGCACCAUGCCCCAUCGGCUCCGCUCUCUUCUCCACAGCCUCCCAGCCAUGGCGUAGAGAUGCUGUUGUUCCCAGCUCUGAGUUUUGUUCAGGCAGGUCGUCUUUCUUCCGUUGAGUUUAUCACUCAGGACCUCAGCUCACAAAUCCACGUCCGAGUUCAGAUCUACAGACCUCACUGUCAUUAUCCCGGCCUGCACCUGCUGCUACCCAGUUGUGGAGGUCCAGCGUGUUCUCCGGUGGCUGUUUGUGUCCUCAGUGACACCAAGAGCAUCGAUCAACCCUCUUGCCCCCAACUAGAGCAGUGGUGUCCCUUCCAGCAGCAGUGUCUGCCCCUCGCUAGUCCCUGCCAGCCCUCAUCCUGCCUCAACUGCACCCAGGCUCACCAUCUGCCCCCUGGGGCACUAAGGCCACGUUAUGCCCUACAGAAUGAGGUGGUCUUCACUCUGCCAGCAGGACCUGCUUCACAUGUGCUGGUGCAAGAGCAACUGGAGGACCUCCUGGUUUCCCGCGGUGAUGUCAUCGCCCUGCAGCACGACGCUGGCCCUGCCAUGCUUCUCCGCUGUCAGUCCACCCCACAGUCACCAUGGCGGCAACCCGUUUUAGCCCUCAACCAGUCAGAGUGGUUUUGGAUCAACAAAACCGGACAGUCAACGGAGGCUUCGGCCGACCAUGACGCUGACCCUCUGCCUGACCCAGAGCUCGACGUGGAGGCCCUGGUAGAGGAUGGUGAGGGAGGCUGGCUGGAGGAAGUAGUUUGCCCUGUCAGGGUGCUCUAUGUGGGACAGAGCAAGACUCCGCUGCAGGGAGCACAGCUGUCUGCUGGUCUACCCCAGCCUGGCUCCUACAACCUGAUAGUGACUUCAGCUGAGCCAUCAUACCCAGCUUCAGCAUCAUGCCCGCUGCGUGUGGUGCCUCCUCUGGGCUUGACGAUCCUCCACCCCUCUCCCCGGAACGGCACCCUCUACUUGCAGCCCAACGACACCCGGCUGCUGCUUCGUGUCCAGUCUCGCUACGAGACAACAGCUUCUUGCCGUGGUGCUAACUGCAGUGUGACUUUCCAGGCCGAAUGUCCCCGAGAGUUCUCUGUCAGCCCGACACUCUGUCGGCCUGGACUGAGCACGGGGUCUGGGGCUGAGGUCGCAGAGCCCAGCCUGUAUGCAGUGCUGCAUCUGAGCCUGGGGACAGAGGAGAAGAGAAGUUCAGUACAGGUGGAGCUCGAGGCUCACAAUAAUGUGACGGAGGCCAGCCUGACUGUGGUCAUCCAACUGGAAGAGCCGCUCAGAGGUCUGAUGGUACAGCCUCACCCUGCACACAGGGUGCUGAUGGAGUCAGUGGUGAGCUACACGGCAUCAGUGCUUGAAGGCACCAAUCCCACAUUUAAAUGGACAGUGGAUGACAAGCCCUAUUUCACCUAUUACAACACUGUGCUCAAUGUCAUCUACCAGCACGCUGCCGUCUACAAGCUCACAGUGACGGCCAUGAACCACGUCAGCACCCUCACAGAGCAUUUCAACGUGACCGUGGACCGGCUGCAGGCCAUGGCCAACCUCACGGUGAAGGGUGUGCCAGAUGUGGUCCCUCAGGGCUCCACUCAGACUCUCACCACCUCUGUGCUCGUCGACAUGUCGGUGGCUGCCACCUUCCGAUGGUCUUUUGGUGACGGCGGAUAUAAGGAGUUUGAAAACAAGCCUCCCUACGAUCCCUCCCUCAUCUGCCCAGAGUCGCCCAAUCAGGUCCUCCUAAGCAACAACGUCACCUAUAUCUACUCUCAGCCAGGAAUAUACACGGCGCUGGUGUCGGUGUCCAAUCGGUAUGAGAACAUCAGUCAGAGCAUCAACAUGAGUGUCUACAGCAUCCUCACUCGUGUUGAUAUACAAACAGAGCCGAGACUCCUCCUCGCAGGCAAAACUGCUGAUUUUGAGGCUCACCCUCUGCCCUCACCCUAUGGCAUUCACUAUGACUGGCACUUUGGAGAUGGUUCUGCCCCACUGCAAGGACGCCGCGUGGCACACACAUUUGUAGAGUAUGGCGUCUUUAAUGUCUGUGUAUCGGUCAAUAACACCAUCAGCUCUACGGAGGUCUGUGCCGAGAUGUUUGUAUAUGAGGAGAUUGAAGAUUUAAGAGCGGAGAGCUCCUCUCCCACAGAACUUAACAGCCCUACUACAGUAUGGGCACGCCUUGCAUCAGGUAAUAACAUCACAUGGACAUUCUCCAUGGGCGAUGGGAUCACCCACACGACAUCAGAACGUAAUGUGUCACACAUCUAUAAGAAAGAUGGCAACUACACAGUGAACGUGACCGCCUCAAAUGCUGUGAGCUCUGGCUGGACAAUCCUACAAGUGCAGGUGUUUGUCUUUCAAGUUGUGAGGAUGGAGCCUUCCGGGUGUGUCCAAGAGCGGACCCCCAUCAACUUUCAAGCCUGGGUGUCCGGUAAUGCAUCGGCUCAUAUUUAUGAAUGGAGCUUCGGGGACGGAGGCCGCAACGAGACACGCCACGGCAAACCCGACAUCUCACACACGUACCUGACAAGUGGGAACUACUAUCUCUCUCUGUGUCUUUCCAGUGGGGUCAACAAGGCCACCAAGGCCUACUUUUUCAACUGGGUGUGUGUGCAGCCUGCUUUGACCAACAUCAGCCUGACACUUGAGAGGUCACACUACGCAGUCGGGGAGGAGAUCAGGUUUCAGGUCAGAGCUGAACCGGAAUUUAACUACAGCUAUCAGUGGGACUUUGGUAGAGAAGAUGACCCUGUACUCACCAGUGGUUUUGGAAAUGUCGUGACAAAGUAUAAAAACCCAGGUCAUUACAUGGUGACAGUCAUCGUCUUCAAUAACAUCUCCACCAGUAAUACCAGUGUUGUGAUUGAGGUUCUGAUGCCUGUUGGACCAACUGUCAUUCAACAUAAUGGCACUAAGCACAACAACCUGACCCUGAGAGCACCGUACGCUUUCACUACAUCUUCCUUGGCUUCCAACGUCACUUACAUCUGGAACUUUGGAGAUGGGAUUUUGCAUAAAGGACCAAAUGUCCUCCACACCUACAACAUAUCUGGAAACUACAAUAUUACGUUGACAGCAGCCAACACAGUUAGCAGGAAUCACACAGUUUUACCUGUCGCAGUGCUUGCACCCAUCAGCGGGUUAACUGUGAACGCCAGCUUGAUAAAUGUCCCUCUCAAUGCCUCAGUCCAUUUUGAGGCCCACAUGGAGAAGGGUGAUGGCGUCCGGUUCUCUUGGAUUUUAUGUGAUCGUUGCACCCCAAUCCCAGGGACACACACCAUGUUUUACACCUUCCGCUCUGUUGGCACCUUCAACAUCAUUGUGACAGCAGAGAAUGACGUGGGAACGGCACAAGCGAGCAUCUUCCUGUUUGUCCAACGUGAGCUGGAGGGGCUGCAGAUUGUAGCAGAGGAGGAGAUCGGAGGAGGCACAGGAUUGAACGGUUGCUGCUUCGCUACAAACCGCGUACUCCACCUUCACGCAGCCUUAAAGGAAGGAACCAACAUGACAUUUACUUGGAACCUCAUUCGAGAGCUGGACCCCGUCAGCUCGAGCUUCAACAUAAGUGCCAAGACAGUGGAGGUGAAUUUCUCAACACCAGGCCCGUGUGACAUCUCUCUCCAGGCAGCCAACCUCCUGGGCCACUUGUCAGUCAACAGAACCAUCCACUUCCUAGAACCUGUCGGAGUGGUGUACCUGCAGGUCAGCAGCAAUCCAGUCGCAGUCAACGCUUCAACUAACCUGACAGUACUGACCGGUGAAGGCUCAGACCUGCAGUACCGCUGGUCUGUGAACGGGGACACUCUGCAGUGGGACAAACCCUGGAAGACUCACACUUUCAUCAGUCCUGGCCUAAAGCUAGUUACUGUGGAGAUAUUCAAUGAAGUUAGCUCAGAGGUUGUGUCAGAGAAUGUCAGCGUCCAAGAAAUCAUUUCCAGUCUGAGAUUCACAGCUACCAAUGUGACAGAGCAGAAUUACGUCGCCACAGGUGCGAUCAUGUGGCUCCAGGGUGAGGUACAGACAGGAACCAACCUGACGUGGACAUGGCUGUUGGACGGAAGAACAGAAACAGGAAGGAAAACAUCCCUGAUUUUUCAUGAGCCAAAAACAGCCAAUAUUACUCUGAAAGCUGUCAAUGAUGUCAGCGAGCAAGUUGUUUCCAGAGAGUUCUUUGUUCAGGACAAAAUUCAGGGGUUGGAGCUGAGGGCAAGUAAGAAACUUGCAGCAGUCGGUGAGAAAGUGGAGUUCACUAUUUCUAUGGCAGCGGGCUCAGACGUCAGUCUCAUCCUCAGCAUCAGCGGCGAUGCCACCGUCAUCCCUCAACCCAACCAAACCUACAUCCACACAUUCAGCAGAGUGGAUACAUACAUGGUGAAUCUCACCGCUCACAACCAGGUGAAUUCCAAGAGACGGCACCUCCAGGUUGAGGUGAUGGAGCCGGUCCGUGGACUUUCCAUCCUGGGAAGCUGUGCAGCCAUACCUGUCGGUGUAAAGAGAGGGUUUGUGGCCAACAUCGUGACGGGCAAGCCUGUUCGUUUUCUGUGGACCUUCGAUCUGCACCACCACCACCAGGCAUCAAUCAUAGGCAAAGAGGUGUACUACACACCAGAAGAAGCAGGUGUAUUGACCAUUUACCUGAAGGCCAUCAACACGCUACAUCCUCAGAACAUAACCAAGCAUAUCCUGGUGCAGAACCUGCUGAUAGACGCCGUCCUGUAUGCAGCACCUCAGGACACUUUCAUCAACAAGACAGUCACACUGAAGGCACGUGUCACACCCAGAUCUAAUGCUGUGGAGUGCUUGUGGGACUUUGAUGAUGGUUCUACUCCGGUUCACACCAACACCACAACUGUGGGCUAUGAGUACAGACAGCCAGGACACUACCGGGUCCAAGUGAACUGCAGUAACCUUGUGAGCUGGGUGUUGGCCCAGGAGGAGGUAAACAUCAGUGUGUUAGAGUGUGAGGAGCCAGAAGUGCAGGUGGUUCAAGCCCCCCGCAUGUCAAUCUGGCGUUCCCAGCCCGCUUUGGUGGAGGCCAAUGUGGACCUGAAAGGCUGUGUGUGCUACGGAGCUCAGUACCUCUGGCAGAUACUGGCGGCACCCUCUUGUGAUGUUGACAAAGACCAACAUAUUCUGUCUGCGCGGACUCAAUCUGAGCUUGUCCCCGUCAUUCGCCUGCCGGUGGAGGUGGAUGUGCAGCGUCUGCAGCUUUCACUGCCGAAGAUGGCUCUGGCAGCGGGGAACUACACCUUAGUGUUUUCUCUGUCAUAUGAAGACGUGCCGCUGAGGAAAGCUGCCUGUCUGCACCUCAGUGUCAUGGCUGCCAGGUUGAUGCCCAUCAUAGAGGGGGGCACCUACAGGGUGUGGUCGAGGACACAGGACCUGCAGCUCAGUGCCGAGCAGUCCUACGACCCCAACAUGGACCCAGACAACCAGUCACUACUCCACUACCACUGGAGGUGUCAAAGCACUUCCAAGGGCCCAGAGCACUGCUCCAGUCUGAACUUCGGUCUGGGCUCCAGCGGUCCCGUACUGGGAAUCUCCGGCUCAGAGCUGGAGGCGGGCGUUGAAUACACUUUCAAACUCACCAUCAGCAAAGACGGCAUGGCGCCAGAGUCUACCACACAGACCGUGCUUGUCCAGAGCGGCCAUAUUCCCAUGGUGUAUCUCGAGUGUGUGUCCUGUAAGGCCCAGUCCAUCUACGAGGUCAGCCAGAACUCGUACGUCUACCUCAGAGGAACCUGCACCAACUGCCAGGGCUUUCACCGCGGGCGCUGGAGUGCCAUGACGCUGCAGAACGAGACUCUGGUCCUCAACUUCUCCUCCACCACCACCGGAAGCGAGGGCAUGAACCUCGUGCUGCGCCAGGGCGUCCUGCGCCACAGAGACGCCUACAUCUUUACCCUGCACGUCACCGAUAGCAGCCUUGAUGGCGAGGGCGUCGCCUCCAUUACUCUGCACCACAAUAUGCCCCCGGCUGGCGGGGAGUGUCACCUGACAGGGGGAGGGGAAGGAGGAGUGGAAUAUGGGGACGGAGACAGUGAAGUCUGGAGGAUACGCAGUCUCCUGGACCAGGUGCACUUCAGCUGCUCAGGUUACAGUGACCUCGGGGUAUCAGAGACUCCUUUGCUUUACAGUCUACUGGUGAUGCGCUGCAGAGAGGACUACUGCGAGGACUUUUGUGUGUACAAAGGCAGUAGUCCAGAGCACUCUGCCUUCCUGCCCCCAGGCUUCAGCUCAGCCCAACACCGCGUAGCUGUAUCCAUCACAGUGGAGGACCACCAGGGAGCAGCCAUUACUGCGCUCAACAAGUCUAUUGAGGUUGUGCUGCCACAUCAGCCCCCGGAGUACAAGAGCCUCCCCCACUGGUUGUCUGAGCUGACGGACAGCAAACUCAAAAAGCUGUUGGAGCAGGGAGACUCCCAGAGGGUCAGAGAGUUAUCGCUGGCUCUUAUAACAGUCCUAAAUGAGUAUGAGCAGACCAGGGAGACAGUGCGGGUCUCCCUAGAUGAGCGGAGUCAUCGAGUCAGAGUCCGCAGCAACAUCACUAGAGCGCUGACAGCUCUCGAUCUCACCACUGUUAGCGACAUCCAGCAGACCUCCGCCGCUUUGGCUCAGUGCACGGCGGUGAGUCGGGAGUUCAUUUGUGAGGAGUGUCAGAACAGCACUCUGAACAAGCUGGAGUCCAUGCUUGAGAUACUGCAAAGUGACACCAAACAGGGCACCGUCACCCCCACUGAGAUAGCUGACAACAUCCUGAACAUCAUGGGUGAUCUGAUCCAUCAGGUCAGCCAGUCAGCAUCACAGUCCUACCUGCAGCCUCCCUACGUGGAUUCCUCAUCACCCCCCCUCAACUCCACUCUUAGCUAUUCUGUUGAGGAGCAAGGAGGCCCCCAGUUAGACCCCUCCCCCUCCUCAAUGGAACCACACCUGGAACCGCACCUGCAAGUGGCUGCCAAGGCUUACAGCCUGUCCUCCGUCCUCAUGCUGAUCCUUAUGCAUGCCCGCGUGCUCAACGAGGAGCCGCUCGUGCUGAGGGGAGCUGAGAUCGCCGCCACAGGGAAACUGGCCGAUCCCCAGAGCCUGCUCUGUUACCAUGGCAACAAUAGUCCAGAGUGCCAGAGGUUCUCCAUCCCCCGAGCUUUCAACAACAGUCUUGGCAGAGCUGCUGCAGGAAACAGCAUCAUGCAGCUGUUGUUUCAGGUGGACUCUAACCCCUUCCCCUUCAACUACGUGGCAAACUACACCGUCUCUACCGAGGUGGCAUCCAUGGAGUUCCGCACUGAAAAUGGCACCCAGAUUCCCAUUUCCGGAUUGGAUGACAAUCUCGCCAUCACGGUUGCCAUUAACAAUGGAAGUAGUGGAGCAGAGGGAGGACCUGUGGGUUCUGGUGCUGGAGGGGUCCCCACAGCUGGAGCUGUUAACAUCAGCCACUGUGACUCGGUCAUCGUCAACAUCAGCAGGGGGAACACCAACAAACAGGCUGGGCUGUUUGUGCAGCUCAACUUCACCACUCUGGAGGGUGCCAGAGGGAAAGACAAAAGAGAAGAGGAUGCAGAGGAGCCGUACAUCACAGCCUACCUUCAUUCACACGACCAACCCAAUGAGUUCAACUGCACCGACAGAAAACGUAUCACGCUCAGUAUGACGAGGGGGCAAGAUCUUGACCACAGGAAAUACACCUUCUUCCUGUCACCAGAGUCGUACGACACCACUCUGGACUAUUUCAUAAACGUGAGCACGGCCUGCAGCCCGCGCUCUCAGCCUGUGGGCGUCCAUCUUGAGGUCGGGGUGUUUGCCUCUCUGUGUCAGUACUUCAGUGAGAGUGAGAAGCAGUGGCGGACAGACGGAAUGGUGCCCCUGGCAGAAACCAAUGCUAGCAGGGCUGUUUGCCGCACCAGGCACCUCACAGCCUUCGCUGCAGGCAUGUUUGUACCGCCCAAUGUCGUCAGCUUCAAAGUGCCGGAGCGUUUCGGUGCACCAAGCCUGGUUGUCCUGUUGGUGUGCGUCUUGGGAUUGCUAAGCUAUGUUGUGGCAGCAGCCAUCUUGCACAAGUUGGACCAGCUGGAUCUACGUCGGGCUGGUGUGGUUCCACUCUGUGGCCAAGACGGACUCUUCAAGUAUGAGAUCCAGGUCAAGACCGGCUGGAGCAGAGGGGCCGGCACGACGGCUCAUGUGGGAAUCAGCCUGUUUGGACGUGAAAGCCGCAGCGGUCAUCGCCACCUUGACACCAGAGGAGCUUUCACAAGAAACGCUCUAGACAUCUUCCAUAUUGCCACAGAUACCAGCCUUGGCAGUGUGUGGAAAAUACGAAUUUGGCAUGACAACAAAGGUCUGUCCCCAGCAUGGCUGUUACAGUACGUCCUGGUCAAAGACCUGCAAACAGGAAGCAGCUACUACUUCCUGGCUGAGGAGUGGCUGUCAGUCGACAAUGAGAGAACCGAUGGACGGGUUGAGAUUGAGGUAGAGGCUUCAGAGGAGGCUGUGCUUCGUGAGCUGCCCCGCCUCCUGCGGUGGGAGAUGCAGAGGGCGCUGUGUGAGAGUCACCUGUGGCUGUCGCUGUGGGAGAGACCACCCCGCAGCCCUUUCACCCGCCUGCAGAGAGCCACGUGCUGCACCGUGUUGCUGCAGCUCUUCCUAUUGGCCAACAGUCUGUGGUACAGCAUUGUGGUGGACAAGAGACACAGCCCAUGGGCCGUGUCGAGGUUUGCCUCAUUAAACGGAGAGACGGUGGCAGCAGGCGUGGUGAGCUGUCUGAUCGUCUACCCUCUCUACCUGCUCGUCUUCACGCUGUUCCGAAUGAGCCGCAGCAAGUGUGUGUCUGUGGAGCAGGUGCCACCACAAGUUGACCAGGAGUCGGUGGAGAUUGAUGACUUCCUGGACAACUCCAUGGCUGGAAGUUCCUUCCUCUUUUAUAAUGGCGAGACCAACUCAGAGGAAACCAACGUGGAUUUACCCACUCCAUCAACCAAAAGUGUGGAGAGCUGGGGCAUGGCAGAGGAGGAGAUGGAGGAGAGGGAUUGGCCAGAGCUGCUGAGUGAUGUGUCUGUGGUGGGAGGGGCGGGACACGGGGCAGGGCUGCCCAGGCUAAAGAGGGGUCAGGGGAGCCGGCACCUGGGCGUCGACAUGAACUUUAACCCCGAUGAUGAGGAGGGGACUGACCAGCGCAACAAAUAUUUCACCUCCUCAGACGAGGAUCUGAUCAAACACAUCCUGACAGACGGACAGAACUUCUUCCCUCAGGCUGAUGAAAGCGAGAUGGCUGAUCUGUCGAGCAUUUUGGGAGAUAAGACUGAAGUGAUUCUUCUCCAGAAGCUGAAUGAGCCUCUUUCGCUUGAAUCUGGGAGGAGAGACCCGCCAAAAACUGCUUUCACCUCCAAUACAGUUGUGACAGAUGUGUGUCGUCCAAGACGGUUUCCUCCCUGGUGUGGACGUGCCGCCCUGUGGGGCAGCUGGUCGGGGAUCGCUCUGGCUAGUUGUGUUUCGAUGUGGGCGGGCCACGGGUUCAGUCAGAAUGUGGCCAUGAUGUGGCUCAUCUCGUGUUUUGCCAGCUUCCUGUGCUCCUGCCUGGUGCUGGAGCCAAUUAAGGUGCUGUGUGAGGCAGUGUACUACAUAGUGUGUGUGCGUCGUCUGCGUCCAGAGGACCAGGAUGUGCUGGUGGAGUUCCCCCGGGUGGAGAGGGUGGUCCAGCGGGUCCCCAGGGUGAGACCGCCACAAGGCUUCGCUCUGUCUCAGGCUCGACACCAGGCCCGCAAGGUCCACAUGCUGCACACCAUGCUGAAGAAUUUCCUGGUUUACAUGUUUUUCCUGUUGGUGGUUUUGAUCCUCAACUACUCUGACUCAACCACACACAGCCUGAGACUGCGCACUCAGCUGCAAAGAGCGCUACACACACCUGAGUACCACAACAUCAGCAGUCGAGACGAGGUUCUGACAUGGCUGAAUGGGUCCCUGUUGCCACGGCUACUGGAUGACUCUGCCCUCUUGAGAGACACAGGAAGUGUUUUGCUCGGCACGCUGAGGCUCCGUCAAAUCCGUGACACACAGGGACGUUCCACAGCGGGGGACAGAGUCUGGGGAAGGGGCCGGGUUACAUCUCUGACUGAAGAUGCUGAAAAUGUCUCUGCUUUUGGAGCUCGUGACAAAAACUGGGCCUGGCGUCUAGGUCAGAUAGGGUUGAAUAGCAGCGGAGAGUUUGUCCAGCAGCUGAACAGAAGCCUGGAGGAGGCCGCCUCAUCCUUACAGCAGCUGCAGCAGCUGCACUGGCUCGACCACAGGACCCGUUCUGUGUUUGUGGAGUUCUCGCUCUACAACAUCAACACAAAUCUCCUGGCUGUCUUCUCCUUCCUGUUUGAGUUUCCGGUCUCUGAGCGAGCCCAGUCCAGCCUUGACCUUCUUGUCAUCACUCUGUGGCCAAUCACAGGCCUGGACUUGCAGCUCCUUCUCAUGAUUGUCCUCCUGGGUCUGGUGAUGUAUUUCCUGGUGCGGGGGAUCUUGGGGUUCCUCAGAGAAGGCUACAAGUAUUUGCUGUCCGCCUGGAGACUCUUGGGCAUUUGCAAACUGGCUCUGGCGGCAUCUGUGUGCGGGCUGCACCUGAGCCGCUGCACCAUGGCCACGCAGCAGUGGGCGUCAUACCUGAAGCACCCGCGGGACGCUUUCACGGACUUCUACCCCCUGGCCAGGCAGAGUCAGAUGUACACAGUCAUGUCCGCUCUGCUGCUGUUCAUACUGGUGCUCAAGGCGUCCCACCAGCUGCGGUUCCUCCGAGAGUGGGCCGUGUUUGGCAGAGCUCUGCGGCGCUCGGUCUGGGAGCUGCUGGGAGUCGCCCUGGCUUUACUGCUGUUGGUGCUGGCUUACUCACACACGGGACACCUGCUCUUCCACUCUGUAUUGGAUGGCUACAGCAGUGUGAGCUCUGCCUGUCUGUCCUUGCUGGGUGCCAGCGGGCGUGCUCUGCUAUCAUGGCAUCCCAGCUGGACGACUGCGGGCCCCUCUAGCACCGUCUCCUCGCUGGUGUACCACACGAGCUUCGCCAUACUUCGGCUGGCGUUGCUGUGGUUGGUCACUUCUGUGCUACUGAGGAAUUACCGGCGCGCACGAGCGGAGCUGUACCGUCCAGCUGUGGAUCUACAGGACUACGAGAUGGUUGAGCUGUUCCUCAGAAGACUCAAAAUGUGGAUGGGACUCAGUCGGGCCAAGGAGUUUCGUCAUAAGGUGCGUUUCGAGGGCAUGGAGCUGCCACCGUCCCGUUCGUCCUCCACUAGCGACUGUAAGUCUCUGUGCUUGCCACCGCUGGACGGUCCUGACUCCCCUCCCACGCCAGACAGCGUUGAUGCGGGCUCUGAGGCCUCGUGGCGCCCGGCGUCCUCCAGCCCCUGCAGCCUGACUGAAGCUCCGGGGAUCGGCCUGGGUCUCGGGCUGGGCCUGGGUUUAGGGCUCGGUCCAGGAGUCGUGAUGGGAAGUACCAGCUGGAGGGAGACAGCAGAGACCGAAGCGUCUCUGAGGAGGCUCCUCCCCACCCUGGACGCCCUGCUGCAACAGCUUGACCGUGUCAACGUGGCAACAGAGGAUCUGUACCACAUCGAGUGCAGACUGGAGCGUGCCCAGAGGAAAAGGAGGCGUAGAGGGAGAGAGAGAGGUGGAGGUGGAGGUGGAGGUGGUGGUGGUCAGGAAGGGAGGAGCGAGGCGGGACAGAGAGGGAGGGGUGAGGACAAGGACUCUGCUGGAUGGAGGGAACGAAAAGGUGGCAAAGAAAAACACAAAGGGAGCAAAAAGGGGAAAAAGACGGAAAAAAGUGAACUUGCAAAGGACUGUAGAAACACUGUCGCCAACCCCAAAAAGACUCCAGCAGCUACACCUGUUCCCUUCUUAAAGCCAAGACCAGCUUCUGCCACUACACACACACCGACUCCUCAAGCGUCAGCCAAACCUUCUGUCAGUGCACCUCCACCCACACCAGUCGUAGACAAGCCCGCCUCUGACUCAUCAGCGAACACUCACCAAAACACCAAAACUCCCACUGCACCUCCAUGUACCCCAGCUCCCACCCCAUCCCUGCCUUCUACACCGGCGCCUACGCCCAUUAGCCGGGACUGGGACCCCCCCACAGAGAGAGAGACCCUCCCUUCCUCCAGCCUGUUCAACCACCCAGCUCACACUACCACCAUCCCCACGCGCAAGCGAAAACGCAAACCCCCACCGCUCAAAAACAAGGUGCACCCCAACCUAGACCGGCAUGGCCCCGCGCACCCCAAAUCCUGAGGACAAACAUUGGAGCAAAGGAAUGAGAGAGUGAAUGUUGGGUUGAGGACGAGAGUAGGGCGGGGACAGCCGGUUUUGUCCCCAGGUGCCCCUCUCUAAACCCCGUGGAAGGGGAGGAAAUAGUGAUGGGACAGUAACGGGACAAACAAGAAGAAAUACAGAGAGGAGCAGUUUGGGGUGUUAAAACAUGAACAGAAAGCAAUAAAAUAAGACUUUACAGCGAUCUGUCCAAAUCCAAAAGUCCAGUUCUGUUUGGAACCAGGUGCAGGUCACCAGAUGCUAACAGAGCUGGUAUAGUCAGCCCCGUACAUUUCAACGUUGAAGCCAAGAAAUGCUCUUUACUCCUUUUAUCUGCCUGGACAAAAAAAAACCCCUGACCCGCCGUGACCCUGGAGGUCACAGCGGGGCACUGACAGGAGCACACAAGCGUGCUCACCCGAACCAGCUGAAAGCAGACGAUGCAAUCAGUCUUUUUUGUGUAUCUCAGAAAAAUCAGUUUCUCAGUUAUGUUGUCUGUCUACAUAUUUUUAUAUUUUUUAUAUUUUGGUCACCGUGGGUACUUUUUGUGGCCUGUCUGAAAAUGUCUUAUGGAUCCACAGAUAUACGCACACGCAGGUAAACACAUGCAUAGAAAUAACACUGUAGGCACCAGACGCGCUACGUGUGCCGAGAAAAACACAAUCAAGCACACACACAUACACAAACACACACACACACAGGUUGUUGGGGUGCCAGCAGCCAGUUUUUCAGGGUGCAGAAAUAACCGUCCAGUGUGGAGAAACGAUACAAAGGUAGUGACGUGAAGGAGGUGCAGCAAGUGGUAGUAGCGCAGAUCAGAGUAGUGUCGGCGUGUCAGUGAGAUGAAGAGGAGAUUAAAAGAAGCCGAAAGGAUUUACUGAACAUUCACACAAGUUCUCCCAUCAUAAAGCUAUAAUGACUCCCAGUCUGAGUACCUUUUCAAAAUGUUUUUUUGUUUUGUUUUGUUUUGUUUUAAAUGUGUUGUGUUCAUAAUGGUUGUGAUUUAAAAGCACUUUUGUUCUGAUGUAGACUGUUUGUGUCGGUGAGGUGUGGUGAAAAGUAAUAAGCUUGGUGUCCAAACCAAUAGAAGAAAGCUUCACUCAUACUGUAUCUUAAACUAUAAGCGUUGCCAAAGCUUUCGCCUCAUUUAUGCAUUCUUUUACCACGUUCGAGCGAUUAAUUCAUACAUUUUGUACUUAGCACUUUAUUUCCUAAUGGAGCUGAUAUUCAAGGCCAUAUUUAACUCUCAUGUGUCCUGUUUUCUUUCCGUAUCUUCAACAGCUACAUUAUAGACACAUCCUAAUAAGUAUUAUCGAGGUGUUGAAGCCAUAGCUAGUAGUUGCGUUUGUGCUUUUGUCUGCUCUCAGUAGCCUUGUUUCUUAUGUCUUGUUUUGAUCAACGUGUGUACUUCCUGUGUCCAGUGGGCAGAUCUCAGGGAACCCACCCUUUUCCCCAAAACCUGGAAAAACAUCCAGGAAAACCAAAACUGGGGACGAAGUAGGUGUUUUUCAAUAAACUAAGUAACUGAUAGAUUUUGUCGUUAAAUCAGGCCAUUGACUUUGACUUCAGUUUAUGUAUUCUCUCAGCCAGAAGCUGGGAAGUUCAUGUGUUGGCACACCAAAGUCCUUUAUCUUCUCCAUCCACUUAAACGCCAUUGUUACACAUCAUAAAGCAAAUGCUUACACCCUUAAAUGUUUUUAAAUUUUAAAACAUCACACCUUCUUCCUGCCCAGUUAUGUUGGAAAAGUCACAAAAAGACCCCGCUUCAUCUGUGUGUGUACAUUUCUGUAUAUAUUGGUGCUUCGUGGUGUAUAUAUUUUUGCUUUUCAUGAUCAGUAUUGUUCAUGUGCUGCAGUGGCAUAAGCAUAGGUCAGGCACUGGUGUUGCAAACCCCAAAGUGUUACAUUUCUCCAGUCUAACUGAAGCACUACAGCCAAAGCUAUUAAUCUAUUUAAUCUGAAUCUUUGUUCACAAUAUGACUCUUAAACCACAGGAGGCUCAGCAUCAACAUUUAAUGCCUCUACUGGCCUUCAUGUUCCUGCUCUCUGUAUGAUGUGUUAAAAAGAUAGUGCCAAAGCCAUCCUUCUUGUCCCCGAGCUGUAUCUUUGUGUCAUUCGAUGCAUUUUGUUUAAAAAUGGUGUUACAGAAACAAUUUGUCUUCGCUCCUCUUCGUAUCUCAUAUCUGUAAUUUGCAGCUGUAGCACUUCUCCUGCUUUUGCACUUGACAAAGUCGAAUAAAGAUUUUGACAGCUGAA